CCGCCGGUGGCUGUGAGUGGCUGUGAGAAUAGUGCGUGCAGCUGCAGCUACAGUGUGCGUGUUUAGGAUUUUCGGAGUCGUGCGGAUGCGCUUGUCUUCUUCUCCGCCUCCGCCUGUUCUCUCGGCGCCUUCCAGUCGUUGCUGCUGUCAUCGUCGAACAUAUAUUCAUACGAGGCACCCGCACGUCGCGAUAGGCAUACAAUGUCGAGGGACGAGCCGUUUCACAGCCUUUUCACAGCGACGGACAGCAUCGACGGCAUCUGGCCCUUCCUGCAAAGCAUUGAUUGGAGGGAUCCAUGGCUAGCUGCACUAUUAACUUUUCAUAUUGCCGUUACAAUGACCGCGUUAAUGACAAGAAACCACGCAAAUUUUCAGAUAAUCCUGUUUCUCGUGCUCUUACUCCUGGUUUAUUUCUCAGAAAGUAUUAACAAGGUUGCGGCAACAAAUUGGAUGGUAUUUUCAAGACAGCAGUACUUCGAUUCACAAGGCCUGUUUAUAUCCGUAGUUUUCUCCAUGCCCAUUUUAAUGAACUGCAUGAUCAUGGUGGCCAGCUGGCUUUAUCAAUCCAGUCAAUUAAUGACAAGUCUGAAGCGAGCUCAGUUACGACAGCAAGCCAAAAAUCGUCAGACGAACGAUGAAGCGACGAAUGAAAGAACGGUUACCCGCCCUCGCCAAUCGGACGGCGAGGCAACAAAUGAGAGAACAGCUGCUCGAUCUCGCCAGUCGGACGGCGAAGAAACGAAUGAGAUAACGGCUGCCCGACUGAAACACGAAGUUAAAAGAUGGCCGCGCUCAGACAUGUUUCAACGUUGUUGUUCACUCGUGUCGACAACACGACCGGUCGCGAUAGAUUUAAUUAGAUCUAUCUCAAAAAGCGGCGGACCGAGACAAUGCGCGUCGAAGGAGCUCGAAAGAGACGUCGAGAAAGCCUCCGAACCGAAUGCCUUGUCAGAACUACCGAAGACCGAGGAUGGAAGUUAUACGGUGGAACCGUUACCUAACCUGAGUAAUAAUACAAGCACAACUUCGUUUACUUGCGAGGACUAUCUAGACGAUCAUGACAUACGUUUGCCGCAUCCCCUGGACGUAUGCACCGAAGACCUGUCAGAUGUUGGUACGCCUCUUACUCCGACUUUCAGCUUCGCCAAAUACGCAAAUAAGUCCCGCACGAUCCAGAAGCUGGUAAACCUUGGAGUCAGUCUGUACAAAUUCGAGGCAAACGAGGGGAUGGUGGAGUACAUCUUGAACCUCAACUUCGAUCGAGACGUGAAACCAUACAUAAGGUUCCUGCACGACUGCGGAGUACCUGCUGAUUACUUAGGUACAUUUAUUACAAAGAAUCCAAACAUCUUCAAGGAGGACAUGGAUGAUCUGUACACGAGAAUAAGAUACUUGAGGGCGCAUAAUUUCAGUGUAUCAAUGAUAAAGACGAUAAUCUGCAAGAAUCCCAACUGGCUCUUGUUUAGUACAAAAGAUAUAGACGGCAGACUUGGUUACUUCCAGAGUAACUUCAAACUCAACGGCAAUGAAAUCAGAAACCUAACAGUUAAGGGACCAAAGAUAAUAACGUACAGGAUGAUACAUCUAAUGGAAAACACGUUCAGUAUCAGAGAGGAGAUGGGUUUUGAACAGAUGCAAGUGAAAAAAUUGCUUCUUACACUGCCUAGGAUAUGGAUCAAGAAUCGUAGCAGAUUGCUAAGUACAUUCGAUUAUACCCACAAUAAAAUGCAGCUGCAACAUGAUUUUAUUACGCAGAUGCCACAUAUUUUACUUUGUCGAAAAACUAGACUCCAACAGAGACAUUUGUUUCUGGUGGAAAUGAAGAAGGCACAGUAUGAUCCUUCUAAACCAAUGUAUGUUUCGCCACUAGCUUUAGUCAGCGGUACAGACGUUGACUUUUGUAGAGAUAUCGCAAAGACGUCUAUUGAUAUUUACAAUGCGUUUCUCAAAACGUUUUAAUUAUAAUAUAGAUGUAAAUAAAUGUUAAUAGAUGC